AUGCAGCCAUUCCUUUGUGGGAACACAUCAGUGUCUUCAGAGCGCAUCCAUCAACCUGCGACCUCCUCCCUGGCUGACACCACUGACGACUUCAAAAGUUACAGGGACCCGGCUGCUGCCCUGGAUGCUGCAGUUGACUAUGUCAAGUUCUCCAGAGAUCAGUUCAUCCUGGACUGCUCUUUAGAGAAGCUGCGCAGGGAGCUGGAGGAGGAGCUGAAGAUGAACAGCGAGGAGCCGAGGAGCCACGCUUGGUACCACGGAGCCAUUCCCAGACAGGCUGCAGAGAGCCUGGUGCAGCGUGACGGAGACUUCUUGGUCAGUGAUUCAGUUUCCAGCCCAGGAAGUUUCGUUCUGACCUGCCAGUGGAGAAACGCUGCUCAGCACUUUAAAAUCAACAAGAAGGUGGUGAUGCUGAACGAGGCUUACUCUAGAGUUGAGUACCGACUCGACAGAGAAGGAUUUGACAGCGUUCCUGCACUCAUCAGAUACUAUGUUGGCAACAGAAAACCAGUCUCGCAGGUGGUGGGCGCCAUCAUCUUCCAGCCGAUCAACAGGACGAUGCCGCUGCACUGCUUGGAGGAAAAAUACGGGCUGUCGAGCAACCACAAAGAGGCGGGGCUCACAGAGCAGGAGAGGCGGGGCCAAAAACGCCUCAGCCUCAACAUAAACAACGGGCACACGCACAACAACGCACACACCACGCAGAACGGCACGCACUGCCAGGAUGGUGGAUUGAUCCGACACAACCAGCUCCGGCUGAAGGAUCGCUGCGGCAGCCAACCAGCAAGUCUGAACCAAGUCCAGGAGAAGCGACGUCCACUGAAGGCCCACCAAUCAGAAAGCUUCUUACCUCUGGGAUCCAAGCCCCUGCCCCAGCAGCCCCCCGACCAGAUCCUCCCAAGCCCCUGCCCCAAGUCUCCGGUGUUUCGGACCGGCAGUGAACCGGUGCUGAGCCCUUCGGUCCAACGCAGAUUAGCAGAAACUCAAACAAGUCAGGCGAUCCGAGGUUCAGACAGCCAGCUUUGCCCCAAACCACCUCCCAAACCCAGCAAAGUGGCCCUGGCUCGACUGCCCCGCUCCCCCGGCCUUCAUCCCCUGAUGCCCCCCUCCACCUCCACCUCCCUGGCUGCAGCUCCUCUGAGCUCUACAUGUGUGGAAACUUCAGCUUCCUCUUGGAGGAGUGGAGCAUCCACAGGACCACCUGUUCCAGUGAAGUCCCAGAAGUUGAAAUGUUUGCUCACCCCUGCAGACCCCCACAGCUCUCGUGGUCCUGCAGUUUCACCCCCUGAAGGUGUUCAGUGUCCUGAUUCUGAGACAAUAACGGAACAGAAAAAUCUGCGGCCGAGCCCUGCAGACAUGCUACUAAAGUGGCAGAACAUCACAAGAGAACACGACCCUGAACGCCACCCACCGAUCUGUGGCUACGUGGAGAGACUGAAGGAGGGGGAGAGAGGGACGGGAGAUGGCAGGGAGCAGACGGUGAAUGGACAGAGACCACUCGACAGGAGCUCCUACCAUCACGCCAUCGCUGCCUUAGAAAACACCAGUGAGGAAGAGGAGGAGGACAAUGGGAGGGAGGAGGAGCAUAAUCUGAGGGAAAAGGAGAAGUUUGUUUUUCAGCGACCAGUUGUAGAGACAGAGUCUGUCUUCAGACCGGCUGACUUUGGAUCCCGACUUCUGCCGCCUGAAAACAAACCGCUGGAGAUGGUGGUUCUGAAGAGGGCAAAGGAGCUGCUGCUCAGCCAUGACCCUCAGAGCAUCGCACAACACCUGCUGAUGGCCGACUGUCAGGUUGCAAGGAUCCUCGGUGUGACCCCGCAGAUGAAAGGUCAGAUGGGCGUGUCUUCGGGUUUGGAGCUGGUGACGCUGCCACACGGCCGACAGCUGAGGCUGGACCUGAUGGAGAGACACCACACCAUGGCCAUCAGCAUCGCUGUGGAUAUUCUGGGAUGCACGGGCAGCGUUGUGGAGCGCGCGUCCACUUUGAACCGCAUCAUCCUUGUUGCAAAGGAGCUGAAGGACUCGCUGGGCAAUCUGUUUGGUUUUACGGCCCUCAUGAAGGCUCUGGAUCUGCAGCAGAUCACCCGCUUGGAGGAAACUUGGACGGCUUUACGAAGGAACUUCACCCAAACUGCAAUCAACUACGAGAAAACACUGAAGCCUUUCUACAAGAAUCUGUAUGAAGCUGAAGCUUCCUCUCCUCCGGUGGUCUGCGUCCCACUCCUGGUACCUCUCCUCACCUUGAUGGAGCGUUCGUCAAUCACACCUGAGGGGGCAGAGCUCUGGGAGACCAACGAUCAGGGCUGUGACAUCAUGCUGCGCCACCUGGAGGCGGCGCGCCACGUUGCCAACGACGCACAGAGCUACACGGCCAACGCACAGACGAUCUUAGAGGGGUUUCAGUGUGAUGAAGAUCUGCUCGAGAUUUUUAAGACGGACUUCCAGCUGCGGCUGCUAUGGGGAAGUCGUGGAGCUUCGGUGAACCAGUCAGAUCGCUACAGUAAAUUCAACCUCAUCUUGACCGCGUUGUCAAGGAAACUGGAGCCCCUGCCCACCACACAAACCCUAAUCUGAUCUCACAGACUUUUAACCAACAUGAUGUUUCGGAUUUCCUGCAGACACUGAACACAUCUGCUGGACUCAGUUCUGACUCGUCGUCAAACCAGCAGGAGGCCAAACAUUUGUUUCAAAUGGAGUUGAAGUUUAGAGUCCAGAGUCACGUCAGUUUUAGUUUUGUAGUCCA